UUGACAUUGUCUUUCGUUUCUACUUUUCUUUUCCAUUAGAAUCCUUUCAACCUAUUAUUUAUUGUAAAGUCUAAAAUCGCUAUGGAAUCUAAAAACGAAGUGAAUUCUAGUGCGGAAAAAACUAUCUUUGACGCAAUCGGCCAAAAUGAUUUGUCCGAAUUUAAAAAUAUUUUAGCUCAGCACAAGGGUGGCGUCGAUUUCUUCGACGAAAAUGGUAUGACUGCUCUUCAACAUGCAGCAUAUAAGGGUAACAAGGACAUGGUGCAAUUGUUACUUGAUAGGGGUGCUAAUGUAAUAUCUGGUAAACAUGAGUACAACUACACGGCACUUCAUUUUGGUGCACUAUCAGGUAGUUCUGAAGUUUGUAAACUGUUGCUGGAUGCUGGUGCCCAGCCAACAACUACCAACUCUGUGGGACGCACAGCCUCACAAAUGGCUGCUUUUGUUGGAAAUCAUCAUACUGUUGCUACUAUUAAUAACUUCAUACCUCGCAGUGAAAUUGCUUAUUACUCUGUGCCACAAGGGCAACAAACUGAACCAUAUUUGCCUUCAAUAUUAGUUGAUCCUCUCCACAAGCUGGUAUUGGGUGUCAACAUUCAUCCUAUUCGAUUAGGCCUCAACUUGCAGCACACACCCAGCUUGCUAGAAAAUGCUGAUGCAGUAAGCAAAGUGCUUGAGAUGCUAUGCAAGAGAGAAAUGACAAGAGGCAGUGAAACCAAUGAGGUCAUGGCUUUUAAAUAUCACUACCUCUCCUAUAUUGUUAGAGAAAUUAAUAAUAUAAGAGAUAAACAGAAACCUAGCUCGGAAAAGGAAGAGAAGAAACAUGAUAUUGUUGAAAUAUUUUCGAAAAAACUGUUAAAACCAGGCAAAGAUGGUUACUCAUUAGAUUUGAUGGAUACAUUCCUGAAGGAUUGCGUAAGGGAAUUUCCGUACAGGGAGUGCACAACAUUCCACCAAAUGGUAUCAUCAUUGACUAGUAAAAAUCCUCCGCCUGCUUUAUCUGUUAUAAACUGCACUAUAAAUGGACAGCGUGGUUUUGUUGAUGCGAUUCCUUAUUGCAGUACUUGUGGAGAGGAGAAGCCGGCUAAGAAAUGCUCUAAAUGCAAGUCUGUGCAGUACUGCGACAGGGAAUGCCAGAGGCUCCAUUGGUUUGUUCAUAAGAAAGCAUGCAAUAGAGAAUCCAGUGCACCCAACUCUGGUAAUACAAAAAUCCCCAUUGAUACCAAUGAAUUGAGUUCUGAACUUCAAAAUCUUGUAGCUGGAUAAGCAAUUAGCGAAUAAUGUAAUGAAGAUUUUAUGUAUAACAGAUGAAUAUUAGUGAUCUAUUUCCUCAUUUUAAUAUAAUUAAAUGUGUAUGUAUAAAUGGAGCUUGUUGUUUAUAUUAUAACUAGUUAUAAUACUAUAAUAUAUUAAUAUAAUUGAACAAAAGAAAAAUGUAAAAUAAAAAGAAAAUGAUAGAAAAGCAAUACACAUAGAUUUUUAAAUUUAUAAGAAAGAAGUAUUGUUUUAUGUUUAUUAAGGUUUCAAAUGUAAAAGAACAACUAUUUUUUAUUCUGGCAUACCCCAUUCAAACAUUAGUCUUCAAUAUAUGUAUUUUAUGGUAACAUUUACUGCUACAGAAUAUCAACAGGCAAUACUGACUUCAUGUGCAAAGUAAUAAAUAAUAUAUAUUAUGGAUUACUGUACUAUAAGUAGGCAUUGUGCCUCAAGUUUUACGCUUCACAAAAAGUCCAAUUUCUUAGUUAAUAUUUAUUUUGCUUAUGUAGGCAAUUUGU